AUGGGCGUGGAGGGAGACUCAGUGGGGACCGCAGAGCCGCCUCAGAGCGAAACUCUCGCCCCCGCCCGGCGCCAACCAAUAGGAAAGCAGGGGGACUUUGGGAUAAUUUGGGGAUACCAGUGGGAAUUUCGAAAUUCUCGGAGGGAUUUGGCAUCCUUCGGGGUUUUUCGGGUGGCCCUGGAGGAGUGGGGGUACUCCGGGACCCACUUUUUAGGGAGCUGCGCUGGGGGUACCCUCAGAAACCUGCCGUCACCUUCUCCCACAGGUUCUCUUUUCUUCGGGAUAUCCCUGGAUUCGGAGUUUCCUGGGAAUUCUUCCCUGGUGGUUCCGCAUCCUGGAAGCUCGGAAAAACUCUCUAUAACUCACAAAAGAAGUUAUAAGAGCAGGCCUGCAGAAUCCAUGGAUUCCCUUGUUUCCCUCUGCACCCACCGCAUCGUCAACAACCGCCCUCUUCCUGCCCUUCCCCCCCAUCUCUAUCAUGUUGUUUUCCAAGUGGCAUUCCUGGAUGGAAAACCCCUGGUUCUUCAGGAUUUGGUGGCCACUUGGCCUUUCCCAGAGCUCCACUUCCAGCAGCUUUUGGGGAACCUGGAGCUGCCCGGGAAUCAUCCCUACGAAGACUGCAUCAAGGCCGUCAUCCAGGCUGUGGUAGGGCAGCUCCGGCAGGAGCUGGAAGAGCCCGGCCGCCAAUCCAGCAGGUGCCGGCUGCGUGUGCUGGACAUGACAGGAGUUCCAGAUGAUCCAGACGAGUCGUGGUUCUGUUCCAGCUCCAAGGCUUUGGCCACAGCUUGUGUGGAGCUGUCCAAGCACCAGCAGGAAUUCCAGAGGCACAGACCCAAGCGGCACAAAGGAUGCUCUGGAGCAUCCACGGCCAUGGCAGCACUGCAGCCCCCCGGCGUGGACGUGCUCAUCGACCUUCAUGUCAGCGAAAAGUGCUACGAGAUCCUGUACGACGCACUCCAGACCAGAGCCGCUGGCCCUCUGCGCCUCACGUUCCGUGAAUUCCAUUCAAAGAAUAUUUCAGCAUCCAAGAUCGUGACUUUGUUGGAAUCUCUGGAUCCAUCUUGUCUGCGGAGAGUGGGUCUGUCCUGUAUCUAUUUUGGAUUUCCUGAUGUCUUGAUGAUCCUGCCGCACCUCUCGCGCUUCCCGGAGCUGCGCAGCCUGAAGCUGCAGGACAUCGGCAGGUGCAGGCUGCACCUAACGCUGGAAUCAGCCAACGGAAUCCGUGACAUGGGCAGGCAACUGGGAAUGCUGUCCAGCCUCCAGGAGCUCAAUCUGACAGGCACCCAGCUCUCCGGGAAUCUGAGCCAGAUCCUCUGUGACCUCCAGACUCCAUUGGAAAGCUUGGAGUUGAGCUUUUGCUACCUCGUUCCUGCUGACCUCGUCUUCCUCUCCCAAAGCAUCCACCCUCCGGCCCUCAAAAGUUUGGAUCUGAGUGGCAACAACAUCUCCCAAGGUCUCCUGGAGCCACUCCGGCUGCUCCUGGAGAAAACCUCGGUCUCGCUGCUGCACCUGGAUCUCACAGAUUGCCACGUGGCCGACUCCCACCUGGCCGCGCUGCUCCCGACACUCCUGCGCUGCUCCCGCCUGCGCUUCCUUGGACUCUAUGACAAUCCCCUGUCCAAGGCUGCAAUCAAGGAUCUGCUCCAGAAAACCUUGGAGCUGCUGCAUCUCCACCUGGUCAUGUAUCCCAUCCCCUUGGAUUGCCACACGGACGACCUGUCAGAAUUCGAUUGGGUCACG